CAACAACCAUGACUACUGUAGUGGAGGAGGGGGGUGCUUGACGUGUCAGGAAUAUGCAGCAGCGAAAAGAUCAGCCCAGCCCGCGGGAUGCAGCAGAAGCAUCAGAAGAAGCAGCAGGAGGUGGAGCAGCACGACGACAAUCUCCAACUGCAUCUGGACGGAAUCGGGCGAUCGAGCUAGCGAGCGAGUGGCACUGGACGGACGGUGGGUCCUCGGGCUUUCACGAGUUCUAGUGCUAGUGCUGAUGCAGUCGUCGAGCUAGCUGUCUGUCCGCCCGGCUGCAGCCUCUGCAUCUCCUCUCCCCCUCCCCCUCCUCCUUCUUCCGCUGCCAUGCUGCCGCCGUUAGUGCGUUUCCACGGACGUACUCACUCCUACCGCUCUCGCAGAAUCGGUGGGAGUUGCUCUCGCUCUCGCGAUUUUCCUGGUUCAUUUUUAAAUUGAAGUGUGCGGGUUCCUCGUAUUUCUUUACAUCUUACAGCCUGCUGCGCUGCUGCGACUGUCACUCGUGUUAACGACAGGGAGGACGGGAUUAGAGUUCCUUGCUGACGCGGAGUUGGAUUGAUUGGAUUGAGGGAGGCUAGACGAGGAAGGAGGGAGUGGAAGAAAAAUCUGUUUGUUUAUAGCGGUUGAAAUGAUCCGAGGCGAGGAUUGAUUAAUUGCGAAAGAAAUUCGUCACGAGUCGCUGAUGGUCGGCGUUGCAGGUCACUUGACGGAAGGGUGUGCGCUGAUGGAUGCGAUUUUGUGAAGUACAAGCACGGUCGGGGAGUGGCGGGGUUUUUUUGGGCCCUAAAUUUGAUUGCGUCGUGGUGAUUAGGGCUGUCGAGGUCAAAACCUUCCGCGUUCAGCUUGAACUGAUCGUCGUGAGGAUUGCUCCGGAUUCCUGACAAUUCAAUAAGCCGAUGGUGCUCGGUUUGUAAAUUACAGCGGUUGCGGAGACCUGGUUGCGGUUGAGCUCGAGAGCUUCCGAGCUGAGCGUGGAUGAGGUUCCAGCUUUGAGAACCUAAUGAGAAAAGUUUGAGUGUGAGGUGGAUGUGAAGAAAUGGAGGGUAAUUUCGGAGCUCCUCCGCAACACCGGAAUCACUUGAAAAGUCCAGUUGGAAAUCAAGCCGGUCAUCGAAGAAGACAGCAGGCUGUACAAAUCGGGAAGGAAAGGAGGGAGGCGGUUGUGAGAGCCAAACGCCUGCGUAGAGGAGAUGCAGUUCCAAACGGAGAUCAAUCGGAAGCACCGGAUAGUCACAUGGAUGAGGAAGCUACGGCAAGAGCCGCAGAAGCUUCGUCAAGGGCUUUGGAGGAGAACACUUUGAAGGCAGUGAAGGCCCUCCGCGAGUAUGUUGGACCUGGGAUCAUUCUUGGGAAGGAUAUGGCGCUGAAGAAGAUUGAAGCUUUGAGGAAUGUUCGGAGUCUUUUAUCAUGCAACGCGAUGCCGCCAUUGAAUGUUGCUGUAGAAGCUGGAGUUGUACCCCUCUUAGUCCAGUGCCUUGCGUUUGGUUCACCGGAAGAACAGAUUCUGGAGGCAGCAUGGUGCUUGACCAACAUUGCAUCCGGCGAACAGGAUUUGACAAAGGCUGUUCUACCUGCUUUACCCUAUCUGAUCAGUCAUCUAGGAGACAAAAGUGCUGCAACGGUAGCUGAACAGUGUGCCUGGGCGAUUGGAAAUGUCGCCGGUGAGGGAGAGGAGAUGAGAGAUAUACUUUUGGCACAAGGAGCCAUGCGGCCCCUUGCUCGACUGAUGUCAUCUCCUUACCCUUCCCUGGCACGAACAGCUUCCUGGGCAAUGUCAAAUCUGAUCAAGGGACCAAGUCCAAGGGCAGCAUCUGAUCUUAUGAAGAUCGAAGGCAUGGCAGACACUUUGGUUGGAUUAAUGAUGAAAGGUGAUGAAGAACUAAUGGUCGAACUCGCUUGGGUGAUGGUGUAUCUUACAUCGAUGGCCGAUGCUCAUUCUGGUAUUCUAUUGAGCGUGGGACUGCUCCCAAUUCUUAUAAACAAGCUAGGCACGUCUGAUCAGACGGCACUGCUGACUCCGUUUCUACGAUGUAUCGGGAAUAUAGUCGCCGGUGACAACUCCAAGACAGACGCAGUUCUAAAUGCAGGUGGAGAUAUCUCCGGUGGAAUUAUUGGAGCCCUUACUCGCUGCUUGGAUAUGGGUCAUCGCACCAUGCAAAAGGAAGCAGCUUGGGCAGUUUCGAAUAUCGCAGCGGGUUCAAUGCUGCACAAGCGAAUGGUAUUUCAAGGUGGGGCAAUACCAUCCUUACUUCAUCUACUAGCGACUGCAGCUUUUGAUGUAAGAAAGGAAGCAGCGUAUGCUCUGGGAAAUGUGUGUGUUGCUCCGAAAGCGAAGGCCAAGGAAGUCGACCCCAUUGUUGAGCAUUUGACGGUCCUUGUGGACAGGGGUUGCAUACCCGGUUUCACAGCUUUGGUCAAGUCACCCGACAUGGAGGCUGCCAGACUCGGUCUUCAAUUUCUUGAACUGGUAAUGAGGGGCUUACCAGGAGGGCAAGGCCCCAAGGUUGUAGAGAAGGAAGAUGGCAUCGCAGCCAUGGAAACGUUGCAGUUCCACGAAAAUGACGAACUCCGGCUCAUGGCAAAUACGUUGAUAGAUAAAUAUUUUGGUGAGGAUUAUGGUUUGGAAGAGGAGUACGGAUCCGAAGUAGUUGACAUGAUCAGAGGUAGUGACGAGAGCUCAGAGUACCCUCCAUGGCGACGAGGGGUUGUUAAUGGCUAGCUGUCACCCGUUCCAGCUCUUUGGCGUAGCCCAAAUAAGAGCAAGCAGGCCAUUCAAAGUACCUGACCAGAGACUGUAUCUAUAGAGCUCACUGGCGAUCGUGAUCUUUGGACGUCAUAAUUCACGCUACGAGCAGCAACUGGCGACCGCGAGCAGAGAGAGGCUUGUGGAGCGAUCAUCCGAUCCCAGUUUGGUCAUUUGCCAACCUCGAAUAGCUGGUGGACUGACUCUCUAAGACGCAAGGUCGAUGGUUUGCCGUGCCGAGUUCUAGCGUUGAGCCCUUUUUUUAAAGUGGGGGUAUGACACACUACACGAAAACUACAUGUCUAGGGUUGAUUUAUAGUUCAGCCUUGAGAACUGCCUUAGAGGUUGUUCCUCGUUGUUUGGGCUUCUGAUUCCUCCUCUCUUGUACGCCAUGAUGGGGUUUUUCCAUCUUUUUUUAUCCACAUUCCCAAAAUUUGUAGACGCAGGACUUGCCUUUUUCUUGUGAGAUGAGAAUGUGGGAUGAGGGAGGCCCUCCAUGUUUUACGAUUUGCUGAGCUUCCAAAAUUCAGCAAAGAUCCAUGAUCCAUGAUCCAACUUCACCGCUCCAUGCAGUGAAUCUGGUAGAUCCCACAUUAAUGUGUGACAAACAUGUUAGCAGCAUUGAGGCGAGCUGCCGAAAUUGGAUGAAGAUCUGAUCAUGUAAGG